AUGGCACGCCUGCUCACGCUUGCAACGGUGCUCGCCUCGGCUCUGUCGGCCGACCCUUUCAACUGGCGCCCAUGCCCCGGGGUGGCCGACCCCCAGGUGCAAUGCGGGUCACUCGACGUGCCCCUCAACUACAAGGAUCCGUCCAACCCGGCUACGAUUGCGAUCGCAGUGCGUCGGUACCGGUCCAGUGCUGCGCCACCCCUCGGUACGAUUCUCGUCAACCCUGGGGGGCUCGGGGUGGGCGGGUCCCAAUUUGCCAACGCGCAAAUGGCCUUCAUCCUUGGCGGGGGCUACGAUGUCCUCGGCUUUGAUCCGCGCGGCCUCGGUGCGUCGCGGGAAGUGAAGUGCUCGCGAGACGGUGCAACCGCAGCCAAACAAGUCGCCGACCUGCGCAAGCUCUUGGAUCCGUUUGACGGCGAGUUCACCGACGCGCAGUUUCACCACUUUGCCGCGCAGUAUGCACUCGCGCCCGCUCGCUGCAAGCGCUACAACAGCAACUACCUUCCGUACCUCUCGACGGCAUUUGUCGCACGGGACAUGGACCGCAUCCGCGCGGCGCUCAACCAAGACCUCAUGCACUAUUACGGCGUCUCGUACGGCACGGUACUCGGUGUCAUUUAUGCCAACUUGUUUCCGAGCCACGUCGGCCGCAUCGUUCUCGAUUCGGUCGUCGAUCCCAGCGUGUACACGGGUGCGACCCCCAAACUCCUCGCGACGGCCAUCGCCGACAUGGAGACGAUCUUUGAAGCGUUUGGCGCCGAGUGCGAAGCGGCGGGGCCGGCCCAGCGACCGUACGUGGCCAAGAAACUACGCGCGCUCUUUGCUUCAACCGAUGUCAACCCGCUGAUUGUCUCAGGCGGCGACGACGUCACGCUGGUCACGGGCCGGGACUUGCGGACGGCCAUGCUGCCGCCAAUGUACGCACCGUCUCUGUGGCCGUCGUUUGCGACUUAUGCGGCGGCCGCGAUGCAAGGCAAUGUCUCGGGGGUCCCGAGCGAGAACGUCUGCAUCGUCGAUGCAAGCAGCUCGCGCCUUGCAAACAUGGGCUAUAGCAUGUACCUGGCCCACGACGGGGACCUUCGCGCUUCAGCCGCGGCGACAUGGGCGCACGGGCUUCGCGCCGCCAAGAAAGCGUCGCCGCUCUUUGGGCCGAUGUGGUUUUCCCUGGGCUUGCCAGCCAAGGCGUGGACGACGCUGCCAGUUGAGCGCUACGCGGGUCCGUGGAACGCGCGCCUCAAGAAUAAGAUUCUGAUUUUGAACAACGAGCUCGACCCGGUCACGCCGCUCCGCAGCGCCAAGCACACGACCGAGCUCCUUGGUAGCCGCAAUGCGGUGCUGGUGACGCGCCAAGGCUACGGACACGGCGCCGCGUUCUCGCAGCCGAGCAAGUGCAUCCAUGAUGUCGUCGUUGGCUUCUUGAACAACGGAACCUACCCCCGUGUGAAGCAUUGCAACGUCGAUACCUCGCCGUUUGCGCUGCCACAAGCUCGUAGCGCGUUGGACGACGAGCUCAUCGCUGCCACGGAAGCCGUUUCUGCCGACAUUGUCGAGGUCAUGCGUCUGCUCUGA